AGCGUACCUAAUUCUGGGGAAGGCGCUUUCUAUCUGAUUUGCCGCUAGAAUUCAAUACAUCACCCCAUUGCAUCUCCCGGAUCCAUUGUCCAACCAAAUAAAAAUCAUAUCAUACCAAAGAAAAAAGAAAAGCAUACACCUUGUUGAUUCACGAAGGACAGUUCCUUUCACACCACAUACUUCAUUUACCAGUUUAUCUAUAUAGUAUAAAAUGAUGAAUAUGAACUGCGAAUACUCAUGAUCAUCACGUCUCUUCAGUCUCCGCUAUUACCAAAUGGUACCUGUCUAGCUGUCGCGUAAUGGAGUUGAUUCCGUAUACGGCUCGAGACGGUCGUGAAAUUGUGUUACGAUAUCGCAAUGCUAUCGUUGUCCGUGAUCCCUCGUCGCAACGCCUCGAGAUUCGAGGCGCCACCAUAACAGAAUGUCCCACUUGCCACCAGUCUCUUCGUCCACCCUCACCCGACCGACACUUCGAUUCCUCAACUCAAGCACCUGAAUCUUAUGUCGACCCAAACUAUUUUCGCAUGCUCCAAGCAGGGCAUGACGAAGAUGCGCAGCAUGCUCAACGGCAGCCUCCACCGAGUCCCAUACGUCGACUAACACAACCCACAUUGCCAAGCGGUGGUCCGAGACCCCAAGAAGUCGAAGAUGCUGAGUUCAUAUCGAGCUCGCCCACCCCCAAGGAGGGAGCACGUAUAACAAGAGAUGCAUUCAGUCCUAAUUACUUUCAGAGGUUCUUUGUCGAGGAGAGGGAACUCGGCCGGGGCGGCAAGGGUGUCGUACUGCUAGUUCGCCACGAGAUUGAUGGUUGUGCUCUUGGCCACUUCGCGUGUAAGCGGGUUCCCGUGGGGGACGAUCAUGCAUGGUUAGAGAAAGUCUUAAUAGAAGUCGAGCUACUCGCCAAGCUCUCGCACCCUAAUCUAGUGUCUUAUCGGCAUGUCUGGCUGGAGGACGUGAAGACGACCCGCUUCGGACCAAGCGUCGCUUGCGCCUUCAUCCUCCAACAGUACUGCAACGGCGGCGACCUAUUACGCUAUGUCGUUGGGGAUGAGCCCAAGCAAUCUACAAAGGAGGAACUUAUAGCUCGGAUGCGCCGCAAGUCAAGGGGCGCUGCUGAUGAACCCCAUAGCCUUCUCCCCUCUUCACGCCGUCUAUCGUUCGAGGAGAUAUAUUCCCUCUUCAAAGACAUCACCUCUGGCCUCGCCUAUCUCCACGGUGCCAACUACAUUCACCGUGACUUGAAGCCUAGCAAUUGCCUCUUACAUCAUGAAAGUGGGAAGCUUACCUGCUUAAUCAGCGACUUUGGCGAAGUACAGCCCGAAAAUGCUAUCCGAAACUCGACGGGGACAACCGGCACAAUCUCCUAUUGUGCCCCGGAGGUCCUAAAGAGAGAUGCCGAAGGUCGUCUUGGUAAUUUUACAACCAAGUCUGACGUGUUCUCGCUGGGCAUGGUUCUGUAUUUCUUAUGCUUUAGUCGACUUCCCUAUGUGAAUGCCAAUGCCGUUCAGGAAGAACUCGAGGACAUUGACCUGCUCCGAGCAGAAAUCGCUGGUUGGAAGGGCUUCCGAGACGAGAAGCGGGAGCGGCCUGACCUCCCUUCGAAGCUCUACAAGCUACUCAAGAAGAUGCUAGCUCUCAACCCCGCUGAACGACCCAGCGCCACGGAAGUACUGAGUGUUAUGAAUCACGAAUCAUAUCAUGGCGGCCUACGAGGGCGAAGUACAAGCCCUUCUAUCGGUCUCCAGGGACGACGGAUUCAAAACCUUGACUCACCUAUGCCUCCCAGUACCCCCGUUCCUGACCCUCAGAAGCACCAUCGUAACAUUUUAGUCCCCGAGGAAGUUGUGACAUCCCCUAGCGAGGGAAACUCACCAGCGACGAGUCAUGCGCCGGAAAUAGACUACCGUAGCAGCCUUCAAAAGUAUGGCACGCCUAGCACACCUCGGACACCUCGGCACCGUCCGCAGGCUAUGACCCUAUCACGAAGUCAUGAAGAUCUUCUACGUUCAUCCCCAGAGCGCGGCCGUGCUACUGGGAUUGUCCAUUCGCAGCCAGCUCCUACUCUACAUACAUCACUAUUACUGGCACCCCCGGCCGGUGCAUUAGGAACAUUAGAGCAGCAGACCCGAGGUAGCUUAGUUUAUCUCGCUCGUCGCCACGCUUACUCAGUAAUAUUUACCCUUCGGCUAGUUAUAUUUCUAGUCAAAGUCGUAUCAAUCGCUAGGGCAUGUUGGCCCUUUACCAUGAGUCUCGGGGUCGGGGUACCCCUUCUCGGCCUAGCUGGAAUUGACCUUGGCAUACCUUUGCGGAGUGAUACAGUCUUGUCUAGCCACGAAAGGGAACAGCACGGGCAUGUUGAACCUGGUUUGUCACAUUGGAGCUGGGGUUUAAGAGGGAGUUUUGUACUACUUACGUUUCACUUCGUUGCCUUGUGGGCCCUCUCCCGGCUGGGCGUUGUAUGUGUUUCAUUCGGGGACACUUGGACGGACUGGUAAUUUAUAAACCCGGCUGAAAAACAUUACAGUCAUAUACAGCAUGGCUCGGUUGUCUAUCAAUAUCUUCUUUAUCCUAAUUGUGUCCGGGAGGCCGGGAGGAACGGAUAUCAAAAUUUUCACCCGAGAUCGUUUACUAGACGAAAUAGUUUAAGUGUAAGGCGACGGGACGACGGGACGACGGAAAUACAUAUUCCCUUUCAUUCCGAUAUAAUUAGGAGGGCUAUGUUAGUACACACCAUACCAC